AUGGGCGACGACUGGCAAGACGCAGCAUUCUCCACGCGCCACAUGCAUAACCGUGUGGGCGGUCACGGCAAGUCGUCUCGCACCAAAGCCUUUGAUGUUCAAAAAGUGUUUGGUAGCUACUCGGUCAAAUGUGCAGCAUGGCAAAAGCGAAUAGAUACCUCGGCAAAAAAUCUGUCUGAUCAGAGUUCCGGCCUCGAGUUUUACCGCCUAACUGAGAAUGGGGAGGGCGUGAUUGGCAAAUUGGUCUUGCCAUUCGUCCUCAAUGCAGCCGUUAUAUUGGCCGCGAGUCGAGCUAGCUUGCAGAGGACGGUGGCCGAUGUGGAAGAUGAUGGGAUCGAAGAAGACACAGAUGCUCCAACGAUCGACAGUCUUCCCGAGGACAGUGAGGGGGAUCCAGACCAGAAUACUUUUGCAACAGAUCGCUUCAGCACCUUUGAUAAGAACAGUUUCCGGUCACCGAAAUUCUGGCUACAAUGGAGCGGCACCCCCAUGACUGAGGGCACAAGUGUGCCAGAGCACACUGCAGACGUUGGGUCUGGGCUCGGCUAUGUGGUGUUCACUGGCAACGACUGCCACAAGUUCAAGGGUACCCUCAAUUGUGCUGCUCUCCAGUGGAAAGACGUGGCCAUCACUGGCCACAAGAUCACCUCUAGAUCCGCUACUGACAUCCCUGUGGUCUGGAUACCGGACAGGCAUACCAUAUAG